AUGAAUAAUCAGGCAGCCUUUAGACAACAAAUGGAUGCCAGUAACCGUGAUAUGGUAGGAGUCUUGGCCAGAGAAAUGAAUACCAUUUUCUCUCCGUUAAUACAAAAUGUGAAUAGGACUAAUACUGACAACGCCCAAACAUACCAACAAUUGUCAGCACAGAUGGGACGCAUAGCAGAUUUUCUAGGCGCCCCACAACCUGCUGUUCGACGCAGGCCAAACCAAGUUAUAAUCCAGGGCGAGGAACCAACGAUAGAUCAGGUUCGACCACAAAGGCAAGCCCUUGACGAAAGAGUCAUGGGGGCAAGAUUGGAACAACAAUCAAUUCGACGGGAAGUCCCUGAAGAACAACCUAGGAGAGUGAUAAUGGUUAAUAGAGACCAGGACGCAGACGAAGUAAUUCAUAGGGUUAGGCGGGAAAACAUGAUGGAAAAUGACCUAACCAGUAUGAUAGAGAGAAUCAUGGCCCAGAAUGGUCUAAACAUAAGACUUCGAUGGCCAAACUAUUCUUCUCCCCUAUCAGAGUAUGUCCUGCAAACAGAAUUACCAAGGGGUUGUAAAAUCCCUAAGUUCACCAAAUUCUCAGGGGAUACUAGUGAAUCCACUAUAGAGCAUAUAGCCAGAUACAUGACUGAGGCGGGGGAUUUGGCGAACAGUGAGAACUUGAGGAUGAAAUAUUUCCCUAGUUCUUUAACAAAGAACGCUUUCACGUGGUUUACGACUUUGCCACCAAAUUCCGUAGAUGCUUGA